CGCGGUUCCAUUUUCGACCCUGGUUUGCAAUCGUUCCCCCCAAACUCUCUCACGAUGAUUGCCAUUUGCUCUCCUCUCUCUCUUCGGAUUGCCGCAGUUCUGUGGUUUGCGGCAACCUCCACCAUGCCGUGUGUCUCUUCUGCACCUCCCUCAAGCACGUGCUAUGGAAGCCAUGAAACCUCUUCCGAGUCGAAGAGUCGUGGGCCUCCGGCGCAAGCCAACUGCCACAGCAAGCCGGUCAACUGCAAAGACCGAGAGCUGCAGAAACUCCUCCCCCAAGGGAGGGAACUGCCUGAGUCCGUUGCCGAGUGGUACUCGCGCGUCCUUGAGCCAUCGCAUGAAGAGUCGCUCAACUUGCAAGGGCGACGGCGCACUAAGUCGAUCACACCGUCGCAGCGAAGCACAGGUGCGAUCAACUCCCAUGAGAUUGCGGCGCAGCGAAGCGAAGGUGUUUCUGCUCCUCCGUCAAGCACGCGGGGUGGAAGGCCCGCAGUGUCGUCGUCGGCAGUUUCGAGGAGUCGUGAGCGUCGGGCGCAAGGCGGCAAAAUCUCGUCGGCAGUUUCGCGGAGUGGUAAGCAUUGGGCUCGGAUGAAGCUAACGGAGAGUGAGGAAAAGGAUAUCCUCAGGCUGGCCGAAAGCAAGGAAUUGCCCAAGUCCAUUGCGCGGCGGUUCUUGCGAGUCCUCCAGACAUCGGUGAGGCUCACUGAGAGCGAGGUAAAGCAUAUCCUCAGUCUGGCACAGAACAAGGGUUUGCCCGAGUCCAUUGUGCCGUUAUUCUUGCGAGUCCUCGAGACAUUGGCGAGCGACUCUGUCGAGAUGGACGAACGAAGCCCCGAGUUUCGAACGGGGAGGCGAGCCUCCAGUGGGGUGGACUUUACGGACAAGGCUAUUCAGGAAACCGCCACCGAAUGUGGAGAGCCGCACGGUCGCGUCCUUGAGGAUAUGGGCGACACCGGUCCGUUCCGGUACUUAGACAGGAACGUGCUGACAUUUCGAGGCAAUUUGCUCUUCCCUUCCUCGCAGAGUAAUUACCCGUACGGAGGCAUCCAUGGCGUGCAACUGUCGAGUGUGGACGAAUCGAUUUACUUCCUGUCGUACGGGGGAGUGUGGAGCUUGCCUACCGGCUCAAGCUCGUACGGUGUUGGCGCGGUCAGACGGGUUUAUGGCUCCUUAGGCGAUGAUCGAGGUUUCACGAUCGUGGAUAUGGACAGGUACUGGUACGGGGCCCAAGGGAGAUUUCUUCUGGUCGCCGAAGCCGCUCCUGACAGCCUGAAAACUGUUUACUUUUCAACGGAUCAUGGGAUCUACAAGAUGCAUCUCCCGACUUCCGGAUUUGGCUCAAUAGUCCCUCUCAUCGAUGAAGCGUCGGCGAUAGGAUCAGUUCAAGCCAGCAUUUCCGGGGACGCGGCUUUCAAUGCCGUUCGCCUGAGCCAGCAUGCCUUCUCCGUUGACGGCCAGUUCAUGUACGUUGCGGACGAACGCGGCUACGCCGUCUACCGCGUUUGGAUUGCGAGCGGUGAGGUGGAGAAUAUCGGUAGUGGUUAUGUUGAUGUGGACAUGAAGCGCCCCUAUGGAUUAGCCUUGACAUCGGACGGUUGUAAUCUGUUCGUGUCAGAGUGGUCGACCGGGAGGAUCACGCUAAUCACCUUCGAAAGCAAUGGUGGCCUCGUGAAGAGCAUCCGAACACUCGCAGGUAGGAGCAGCGGUCGCUAUACGGAAGCGUCCGUGGACCUUUUCGGUUUGGCGAUCUCACCAGAUGACUCGUAUCUAUACGUCGGAGCGUACGAGGCGGUCCUCAAGUUCGAGAUCGACACUUGGGGCUUGCCCUCCUGUUCUCCUAUCUCAUCUUCGCCUCCAUCCGUUCCUCCUUCGAGCAGACCCAUCAUUUCGUUUACGCCGCCACCACCCUCCACCUCUACGCCGCCACCGCACUUCAUCUCAAAUUCGUCCUCUGCUCCUAUCAGCAGCUCCAGUCCCCGCGCUGCUAAGAAGCAAACCGAUCUCACACCCGUUGUCAUCGCUCUCGGCGUUGUUUUGCCCGUCGUAGGAGCCGCGCUCGGUGUAUUACUGGUCUGGUGUCUGUGCGGCAUACAGCGGCGGCGGCGAGAGGCAGAGUCACGAGCAAUCGAUAGACCCGUGCCGUCCAUCGAUACCACAGAUGUCCGGGCACGAUCGCAGCAGAUCGAGCCAGUGGCUUUCACAAACAAUCCGACGGGUACGCAGAACUGGUGGCAAAGACCAGCCGGAGCAGGGACGUUGCCCAAUGAUCGUCUUGACGUUGUUGCUGCGUAGAGUUCGCUUUCCUUUUUCCUCAAAAACGGCCCGGGUGCAGAAUAAGACACCUCAAUCAGGCUCCCAUCGCGGAUCAUCGUGAUGGAGACGGUUUGGACAGGGGGAUGAAUAAACUGGGAGGCGUGAUGUCAUCCGUCAAUGAAGUGGAUGUUAAACC